AUGGGAACGAUUACUUCAUGUAUACCUUUGGGUCUCCAGUUAUCUUUUUUGGAGCCGUGUCUUCGGCGUUUCAGAAAAUUGUCAAGUGAAGCCAAUGUGAUGAGGGUGAUUCAAUAAAUUUUUAGUCGUCAUCUUGAAGAUUCCCAUUGGCUCGGACUGUUUUGAUACUUUUCUGAUUAUAAUGAUUAAACUCUUAAUGUCUUGUGAUUCCUAGUAAUUGAGUUCGAAAAAGAGGUCAAUAGAUUUCUUUCCGGGUUACCUGCUUCUGUUUUUCAGUUUCUUCCUUCAUCUUCAUCACCACACUUCUCAUCCAUUCUCCUUUGCCGAUCCAGACACGUUUGGCUUUUAUCUGUUUUUAUAAUUUUCUUUUGGUUUUCAGAGUGUUGUGACACCCCUGUAUUUGGGAUUGCAGAAGAAUCCUGUGGGAUGAUAGGAUGUUCUUCGUGCACAACCGCCGAAUAUAUUGUUAAAUCGCAAAAUUACGCAACGGGAGCAGCUCUAACUACCACCCGAAGUUUGCAAUCCGCCUCGAGGAUCGUCUUGGAAGACAAUUCUCAACCUGCUGAUUUCUUAGCAUUAAAAACAAUAUCUUAUAAUGGUUCCGACUCCCAAAAGUUCUUAGGUACGCUUCAAAUUAAUUAGUAAAACUAUUAAAACAGACUUUUUUUCACUCAGAUUCAUUCAAUCGUUUUUGUUUCCUUUUUUAGAAGGGAUGAAAAACAGUCGUAAUGCCUUAAACUGAAGUGAUCAAGUAUUGUUUCAGAGCCUAUCGUCCGAGUCAGAAGAGCGAAUGUCACUAAAAAAUCAUUUUCACUACUGAAAAGCAUCAAGGUCAGCCCGCUGAAGCCCUAUUGCGAGAUGGGAACUAUUUUUGACAUUGAUUACAUGGAUCCGACGUCACUGAACAUUUUGAAGAACCUUGAAAAGGUUGGCCAUUUUUUGUAACAUUAAAAGAUCUCCUCAUAUUUGGAUAAAAGUACAUAUAUUAGUGCCAACAGUUACUAUUCUCUUUAUUUAAACGAAGCAAUAUCACGUUUUAAGUUUAUUGAUUCGACGUCAUCGCAUGUUCAGAAUGUUCUGCUUUUUUUUUUAUUAUUCCUGAAAUACUCGUUUUUAGGAGGUCCUGAAGCCCUGCGACAAGUUGUUUCCGACAACGUCAACGCCGGUAGCCGCUACGUGUCCGCCGCAGAAACCCUGCAUCUGCAACCAAACGACGCAAGCGACAUCGCGUAGCCCACCACCAGUCGCAGUGGCCAACUCACAACAAAAGAACGACGCCGGCGAAGGGAAGAAAGACGCCGGAGAAUGCUCUUGCCAGGGUGAUUAUCAGACAGGUGGAAUGAUUUUUUUGGGAACGUUUAGAUGUUUUCUAUAAAAAAAUCCAAAUCUUAAAUUCUUUUUUUAAAAAAAUUAUGUUUUAUUUCUAGAACGAUGAUAAAUAAUCAUAGCUUGCUUGGAAAAAUUUUUUUACUCAUUUUAUAUUUAUUCGCAUUUAUAUUGGAAAAAAAUACAAUCAAGAGCAAAAAUCAUCACUGUUGAGCGUUGUAGUUGAAAAACACCAUACUUACUUCGUUAAAGUAGAUUUCUUCCUAUUUGUAUUCAACCUUGCCUUUUUAUAUACCAACUAAAUUGAAUUUAUUUUUUUACAUGGAUAACAUAGAUAAAUUAUCUUGCGUAACUAACCGAGCAACGCGCUAAUAAAUAAUAAUUUUCCUUUUUUGAAUCUCGAAGAGCUCCUAUUAAUAGUGGCAUUUUUUCUCGCAAAAAAAUAAGAAAAAAUAUUGACAGGAACUAUUAUCUUGACUGUUCUGAUGACUUCGCUCGUAUGGUUUCUCCUUUUUGUGAUCAUGGUUUUGGUCUUCCGUUCGACUCGCGCCUCACAACCGCCACCAGAAAAGGAGAUUUGUCACCCUCCAUCUUCCAGCGAAAUUUCAAAGCUCUUCCAAUGUGGUCGAGUGAAAAUCUGUUUCUCCGAAAUUAUUUUCCUCAAUUUUUCAGUUGAAUUCGUAUCUUUUCUGGUGCACACUUGCUACGCGAGUUUGGUGGCGGCUCACACGGUUUUCGGUAUCUGUUCUUUCUUAUUUUCAGAUUUUUUAUCUAGUCGGGUAAUUCUUUAGUUUUUCAGUAAGUAAUUUCGGCUUGAUGAGAAAAAAAACUUCUCGUUAACACUUCAUUUAUUUUUUUUCCAGCUGAAGACAUGUCCAACUUGUUCGAGAUUAUCGAGUUGAGAACCGCUUACAUCAGUGCGGUGCGAAAUACCAAAAGUUAGUUGAAGAAAUUAAGUUUAAAACUCGACUGGAACGCAAAAGGCUCACUUUUUUCAACUCUAUUGGAAUCAGAGUGUUUUUUUUUUUGAAUAAUAAGUCUUUUUAUACUAUGGAAGUUUGUGUUCUUAUCUCCCUCAAGCUGAUGCUCAAGAACAAACUGUUGCAGUAGGAUCUUUUCAAUCGUUUGGCGAAUCUGUCGUUGCAAGGCAAGGAAGACUGGCGUCGGGUGAAGCCUUGUACGAGACAGAUGUUAUGAAACAAGUACAGUAUCGAGAAGAAAAACGUCAUCAUAGAGAAGUAAAAUUUUUCAAAAAAUUGGUUAUGGAUUAGAAUAAUUUACAUGAAAAAAAGAAAGCGAUUAGUUUCCCAACGAAAUUCCUAAACUAAUCUUCGAAAACUCGGACUUCGGUAACGUAAACCCAAUGCGUCUUGGACGUUUCUGAGCAUUUCUACGGAUCUCUUCGACGGCGUGCAAACUCUUAAUCUGUUACUUGGCGCUCAGAAACGUCCGGGGCUCGUACAGUUUGCGUUACCGAGGUCCGAGGAUGCUUAACGUGCCACACGAAGCUCAUAGUUCCGAUUUUCUAAUUUUUUUUUUGAACUCCGAAUGCGUAGGCUUUGAGUAAGCGCAGAACUAAUCGAAGGAUUACUGAAAAGUUGAGAAUUAAUAAUGUGUUCCAGGUACGACGAAAUUAUUGAACCCGAGGAAGAAGUUCUACGGACGAGGUUCGUCGAGAAGAAAGCGUCCAACAAAAGCAGCGAUGUCGAUAUUCUGGAGAUGGACAACAAGAUGGAAGAAGUUAAACUGCAGCGCUCAUACAUAGAUGAAGCUUUCGACGGCAUAGUGAUUGAAGAACGACGGAAGCUUCCUGUGAUGACGAAAACUGAACUGCCGAGAAAGACGGCUGGAGAAGAGGUGCUGACUAUUGACGAAGAAGCUCGCGAAUGUGCUGGCAAAAAUUCAAAAGCCUCGGAGGAGUUGACGCUCGCCGAGAAAAAAGAGCAGCAAAACCUGAAAAAGAAGAGAAGACCGGACAUGGUGCAGAUCUUAGAUAACAUGGUCGCCAAUUACCGGGACAAAACCAAUUCCAGCAGUGAAUGUGAUGAGAUUGGACACGCUUGUGAGUUUUUGGUUUUGACGAAAUGGAAUGAGUUUGUAAAACUUAUUGAAUAGACUAGUUCAUUUGUUGUUAACUGAAGCCUUGAAACAUGCCAUAAAAAGACGCUCUGACGCACAACUUGAACGGAAAAAAGACGCUCUAACGCACAACUUUCCCAAUUAAUUAUGAUCUUUGGUUGGAACUCGAUCCGAUCAAUUUAUCAGACAAAGCAUCUACUGUACAACAGCGACUAGCUAAUUUUUUUAAAUGUAGAUGUCAACUUUUCUGUAGGAUUUUUUUUUCUAUUUCAGGGAUGUCGUUGGGAGCCAUUGUACGUCUUUUGACGGAAAUGGAAAACGCCAAGAAUAUGAUGAAAGCAAGUAAGAUGAGAGAUUGAAUCAUUUUGGAAAGGGUAGUCGUGUGAUUCCAGAUUACGACGAAACGAAGCUGCAGUUGUGCCGAGUGGCCAUGUCAGAAAUCAAGGAGCGCUGCUUGGUCAACAAUCGAGAUGCCUAUGCCAAUCAGAAAAAAUAUCAGAAGGGCCAAGUCUUCGACAUGCACUGUGGGGAAAUUUUCUGUUUGGGACUUUAGAAAUGUUGGAUUGCGUUAUUUCGAGUUAGUUCUGUCCACCUUGAAGAACUGACAAAUUUUAAUAAGCUCGAAAAUGGGCUGUCAAAUCCAUAGAGCCUGAAUCAGAUGCUUUUUAGUCGGGUGUUCCCUCGAGGAACUGUCAAAUCAAGAUGAAGUUUAAAUCUUUCUUAUACAGGCGCUGUCAAAUUUAUCAGGCUUACAUUAGGUGAUUUUGAGUGAGACGUGCUCUUGAGGAGCUGCCAAAUUUGGAUGAAGCUUGAAAAUUUUUUAUACAGCGUUGCCAAUUCUAAGUUCAGUCCCACUUCUUUUUUGAAGUGACUUGGGAAAUCAGUUAUAUUUUGAAGCUUCAAUCCUAUUUUGUUUGUGUUUAAGGUAGUUUUUGCUGUUAAUAAGCUAUUAAAAAUUGUUUCGGAGAGGAAUAGCCAAUUUUUGUAUGUACUCAUUUUGCCGAACUUUUGAACUGAAAACUGCAAAAUUCCAGCAUUUGCUCACAUUUUGGACCAUCUCAACUCCAAUGAAACAGAAGAAAAGGAAAAUGAGGAGGUGCUGAAAUUCGUGAAUGAAUACGAAUACAUCCGAUCCCUCGAACUUCACUACAUGGGCUUGAGCUACGCAACGCUGAAAGGAAGUUAGUGGAGCCGUUUUAAAAUAGGCGAAAAUUGGACCUGAAAAAAUAUACUCUUGAGUUUUUUUUCGAGUGAUGUGAGUGCCAUUACGAAGUUGUAGCAAAUUUUUAUUUCUGAUUUUCGUUUCCAUUUCCAGAGUUCGUGUACACAAAGCCUGCACCGAGACAUGGGGAACUCAUAAGCGCCGCUUGCAAACGUGUUGAAAGUGAGUAAAAAUGGAUCCACAGCGUUUUUUUGGCGACGCCCCGCCCAUAGUUUUUUUUUCGUAAAGUGUAGUGUGUCGUGUGCAUACACUGCGGCGCAUUGGCACACGCCGUGUUCAUCGUUUUCUCGAAGUCCAAAAUCUUAUCUGAAAUUUUGAAAUUCAAUUAUAUUUUUUGCUCUCUAGUGGCUAUUUCAAGUUUUGCAGAAUUACUUUCAUCACGGCAUGUGUUAAAAAAAAACAGAAAAAUCGCGUUUUUUUAAAUGAGAAAUAUAUUCGUCUCAUGACCCAUUGAUGCACCUUUAUUUUUUUGUUGUUUACGCGUUUUUCCCAUGACCUCAAAUGGGAAUGGCUGAGAUUUUGACCACGCCCCCUUCAUUUUUGGUUUUAAAUUUUCUUCCACUAACAAAUCGCCGUGGGAUCAUUAAAUGUUGGGAGAGAAAAAAAAUUAACGAUUUCACGGGGUUUUUUUUUUGAAUUUCGAGCUUUUCGUCAACUUUCCGGGAAAGAAAAGAUUGUAUUCAGGACAACAAGAGUUUUAUGAGAAGGUCCAGAAGCUGGUCAAAGAAUACGCAGCGCGAAAGAAGUUGAACUUGAAGCCGAAAAAAAUCCCGACAAGCAUCGUGCCGGAUAAAUCUAAAUUCGAAACGACAACUCCGGAGCCAGUGGACUUGGUGUUUACGAGGGGGAUUGCGGGCAAGGUGACUUUUUCGGUAUCACGAUAAAAAGAUCUAUGAAAGUGAACUUAUGGCUUCAUCUCCAACUGAGAAACUACUUUGAGCUUGUUUGGGCGUAGUUUUUAGAAACAUCAGCUUUUUAAAGACACUUUUUCAGCUUUCCAAAGACGAUAAAAAUAAACCUGAGGUCGCUUCGAAAUCCAAGGUUCAUUCUACCGCUGAUAAACCUCGAAAUUUGUUGUUUUUAGGAAACUGAGAACCAAAAAAGCAAGAAAAAGAGCUUUGUUCCUGGACCUCUCCUGUCUAAGAAACAGGUAAAUUAAUAAACGUGAGGUGAAGAAACGGAACGAUUCGAUCAGGAUUUUUUUUUACAUUGCUUAAAACCGUAACGUUGCGAGGCUGCGCUAUUUGGGAUUUUAGACUUUGAGUUUAAGCGGCGCACCGUAGCGCAACGGGUUGUUUGCCUAUCUGCUGUUCAUGGGUUUCAAGUUCGAUUCCCCACCCCAAUAAGGAACCCAAGAAAUUUUGAUGGUGGGAAACCAUUAUUCCCUAUCUGUCACCUACAAGGGCUGUUAUGACAGUUAAGCCAGACUAGAACGAAGAGAAAAAGCCGAACUGUGUUUUUUUCAAAAUUUCCGAUUUUCAGGAGGCUGAGCACCAAAAAAGCAAACCCUCGAGCGUUGUGACUGGACCGCUUACAUCUAAGAAACAGGUAAAUUUCCCAAAAAAAAUAUUCUCGGGAUGAAAUGGUCGUAUUUGGAAUGGAUGAAAGUGGGGCACCUGAUCCGAAACGACUCUUCUAAACUUGGUCCCAACCAAAACGGGACUUCAAGGCUCUCAGCUCAUGGCGUUUUUUCGACGACGCCACGCCCACUUUUUAUCCAUAAAGUGUCGUGUGUCGUGCGCAUGCACUGCGCCGCUUUCUCGCAGAAAAUGGCGUUUAUGUAGAGAAAUUUUUAUUCGUCUUGAAGACCUCGAUAUUUUGGCACUUCCACUAGCAAAAACGCCGUGCGCUAUUGGGGAUUUUUGAGUGGCUAUUUAAUUAAACUUUGAAAAACGCCUUUGUUGUUGAAUGGAGAAGUCUCACAGUCUUUACCGUAGUAGUUUCCAGAUUUUCAGUUUAACUGCAUAAUUUGCCCGUUUUCAGACUUCUGAUGGCCACAAAACUUCGAGCCUUUCGGCAGCAGAGACCAAAUGA